CGUAAACGAAUGCAUUUCAUUUUCCCCAAGAAUCCCGUCGUGUUGGCUGACAUGUCGUUGAAAAGUGUCCUUUCAGUAGAUUCGUCAUAGCGGAGACACUGGCACGCCCAAAAUGUCUGUCAGUCCAGCAAGUGAGACAAAUGAACACGCGAAACUCCUUGACAAAGAAUUAUUUGAGGCCAUCAUGCGGUUCCUUUCCUUAUCCACUUCCUCCAAGCGCUCCAGGGCGAUAAACGAAUCUAGCAGAUGCGAUGCCAAGUUGCCCCGCGCGUUAGAAAUUGGUGGCCAUGUCAUUCCAGUGAUUAGGUUGUACUUUUCCCGGAGGUGAGAACUGAAGAUAAAAUUUCAAAGAGCAAACAACCAAACACGAAAAGACACCCUGGAAGCCAUGGGGGAAACCUGGGUCUCAGGUGAAAAUGGAUCGAAACGACUAUUUGUAGAGAUCCCUCGGCGUCUAAAGAAUCCCAUGUUCCACUCCUGGUUCAAGUUGCUGCUCAUACUUUGUCUCAUAGCCCUGGUGUUCUGUUUGGCCCUAUCUGACAGCUAUAUGCCACUGUUGAAGAGAUUCGAACUGGGCAGGUACUAUGAAAUGCUUUUCAACACAACCUAUAAAUUUAAUCCACCAGCUUAUAGAACCUAUCCAAACCACAGAGCUGUACUAACUAAAAUUCCUAAAACAACACAAUCAACUACUGCACGACCUAAAGGUAUCCAGUACCACCAAGCCUAUCCCCACAACUACCAGUUUAUAAUGGACCACCCAGACGUUUGUAAAGAACAGAUUCCUUUCCUGGUGCUGAUGGUUCCGGUAAGACCAAGCGACGUUGCAGCUCGAGAGGCAAUCCGUCAGACGUGGGCCAAAAACAACACUGUUCAGGGCGAGCUGGUGAUCACCCUCUUCUUGUUGGGUUCCUCUGGAGAAAAUGAGGCUGAAAAGCUGCGUGAGGAGAAUUUACAAAGCCAUGACCUGAUCCAGAGCAACUUCCUGGACACUUAUCUCAAUCUGACGAUUAAAACUAUGGUGAUCAUGGACUGGCUGGCCACCCGCUGCUCCACAGCAGCCUACGCCAUGAAGGUUGACUCCGACAUGUUUCUGAACAUUGACAAUCUGGUGAUCAUGCUAAAGAAACCAGAGAUUCCUAAGACGAACUACUUGACAGGAAUGCUUAUGUGGAACAGACCAGUUAUCCGUUCAAAGGAGUCAAAGUGGUACGUUCCCGAGGAGAUGUUCCCUGAUCCUUAUUAUCCGACGUACACUCUGGGUAUGGGAUACGUCUUUUCCAACGAUCUUCCGGCAAAAUUUGUAGAUGUCUCAAAAUCCAUCAAGCCCUUUAACAUAGAGGAUGCUUAUAUCGGAAUGUGCAUGAAAAACCUUGGGCUCUCACCUACUUCACCACCAGAUCCUUCCCAGUUCAAAUCGUACAACACAAAAUACGACCGCUGCGAGUACUCCAAGAUCAUCACAUACAUUCUCGGCUCUUCACAAGAGUUGGUGAACUAUUGGAAGGACCUGAAGAUGCCUGGACCAUAUUGGACGGAAUCAGGUGGUAGGUUUGAGGACGGGACCGGGGGCCGAACCGAGGAGCGGUUCCGCCGCUUCCUCGUUCGCCGACAGCCGCAGUGCGGAAGAUACCAAAACCAGUUCUUGCUCCUCAUCCUGUUGGCACUCGUCUUACUUGUAAUACUUGAAAUUUGUGACAGAAGAGUGCUGUGGAAGGCCCUCCUGUACAAACAUUUCUUCAAACCGACAUCAUUUAACUCCUCAUCGGCGGACCCACAGUGGGAGGAACCGGGGCCUUAUCAUGUGGCCUAUCCACGCAAUUACAAAUUCAUCAUGGACGAUACUACGACGUGUAGGACAACGACUCCUUUCCUGGUCAUCAUGGUUCCGGUUGCACCCCUGGACGUGGCUUCCCGGGACCUUAUCAGAAAUACAUGGGGGCAGGAGAGAAGGGUUCUUGACCAGCUGGUUGAGACUCUCUUUAUAGUUGGCCUACCUGGUGACGGCGAGCAGAUGGGAGAGCUAAAAAAAGAGAACGAGCGGCAUCAUGACAUCAUCCAGAGCAGUUUCCACGACAGCUAUCGCAACUUGACCAUCAAGACCAUGGUCAUGCUGGAGUGGCUGGUUCAGCACUGUGCUAAGGCCUCCUUCGUCAUGAAGGUUGAUUCGGACGUAGUACUUCAUGUCCAGAAUUUAGUUAAAUUGUUAAUGGAUCAUAACACAGCCAAAGAAAACUACAUGACGGGUUUGAUAUGGUGGCACAGCCCUGUGUUAAGAAACCCCUUUGACAAGUUUUACUUGCCGAGAGACGUGUUUCCCGACUCAGAGUAUCCCCCUUAUCCAUUGGGGAUGGCUUACAUCAUGUCUUUGGACCUUCCCGGGAAAAUCUUGAAGGCAUCUCCCCAGAUCAAACCGAUUUUUAUUGAAGAUGCCUACCUGGGCAUGUGUCUGAAAAAGCUGGGUGUUUCCCCGACUGAGGUGCCCGACCAAAGCAUGUUUCAGCUGCAGCCUCUCGAGGGUCAUCGCGUUUAUGACAACCGCGCAGUCCCAGAUGAAAUGGUACUGGCAGAGGAUCAGAGAAGGAGUUCAGUGCUGAGCUCUUUCACAUUCAUGGCUGAAGUGUCUGGACAGCAGAUGGGUCAGUCCAGCUGCUGCUGGUUCCUGGAAGGGUCCUGGAGCCCGUGAUGGAGCCGGAUGUUUACGCAGUGCCACCUGGUGGCCAAGGAGGGCUUUAUUUUUAAACUGGCUUUCUUACAUGUCCCAUGCUCCAAAUGUAUCCUGAUCCUGUGAAUCUUUGAUAUCUUGUAGAAUAGAAGAGAUGAAAUUGAAAACAUCAUGAAAGGUAAAGAUACGGCUUUGUGCAAAUAUUUGAUGGACUGGCUCUCUGUUUUACGUCCAAUCGUACCGCUGACCUUCUCCUGUAAAACGGAUUUGUUGCCAUAUGUUACCACAGCAUUUUCUUUACAACCAUAAAAUUGAUACAUAAGAUGGGGAGUUCACUGUGUUUCGUACGAAGCUUCAGUUUGUGAGAUUUGCGAAUAAUUGCACUCACUUUCAGCUGUUUUUUACUCGGUAUGACAAAAUGUUUGGAACUGGGGUUAGAAAAGCUGCUUGUUAGGCGUUUCCUGUGACGCAGCCUGUCACGCUCAGGGUUUUUUGCCUUUAGUUUUCAACCCACAAUGUUUCAGUUCACCACCAGAGUGAGCCACAGCACAGCUAAUGAGGAAACGGGAGGAAAACAAGAGUCUCCCUCUGAGUUUGUGGCAAAAAGAAACAAACCCACUCUUUCAGGUUGCUGUUACUUUUGCUCUUUAAAGGCAGUAAUAUGGGUUUUUGUAGUAAAUUUGUGUGGUACUUUGUUGAAAAAAUAAUUUUCUAUACUUCAACUAUGAGCAUUUAAGAUUUUAAGGUUAACUAAAGAAAAUGAUAGAGAACUCACUUCAGAAUGGGUCAGAAGCACAUGGAUUUAAGGUUUUCAAACUUCUUUGUUGUUGUUCUGUUCCUCUCAAUUGUCUGGUGUGUAAUCCAUAGGUGAUUUAGAAUUUUGUGUGUUGUUAUCGCAGUAUCUGGAUGCACAUGGCACAAAAGUAUUGAUGAUUCCCUGUUCACUUCCUGUCUUCACACACGGGGCGGUGCACGAUGGGGUCUGCUGAGUGUGUGCUUCCUCGUCUGUUCAGGAGAGGAAAUUGUUCAGGUUUUCUGCCUUUAUUAGGCUUUCUGUUGGGAUUGGGGGUGGUGCAUUCCACUGUAUAUCAGACUUUUUAGGGAUUGGAUUUAAAACAUUUUUUUUCCUAA